GGCGGCGGCGGCGGCGGCCAAGCCCGGGAGGCGGAGGCGGGACGCGCGCGGGAGGCGGUGGCGGCUGUGCGCGGAGACGUAGCAGCGGCAGCAUGUCGGCCGGCGGAGCGGCAGUCCCGCCGCCCCCGAACCCCGCUGUGUCCUUCCCGGCGCCCCGGGUCACCCUGCCCGCCGGCCCCGAUAUCCUGCGGACCUACUCGGGAGCCUUCGUCUGCCUGGAGAUUGUGCUUGGGGGCCUUGUCUGGAUUUUGGUGGCUUCCUCCAAUGUUCCUCUACCUCUGCUCCAAGGAUGGGUCAUGUUUGUGUCUGUGACAGCUUUCUUCUUCUCCCUUCUCUUCCUGGGCUUGUUCCUCUCUGGUAUGGUGACUCAGAUUGAUGCCAACUGGAACUUCCUGGAUUUUGUCUACCACUUUGUAGUGUUUGUCUUCUACUUUGGAGCCUUCUUACUGGAAGCUGCAGCCACCUCCCUGCACGACCUGCAAUGCAACACCACCAUGAUUGUGCAUCCGCUCCUGGAUGAUAACCAGUACAACAUCAACGUGGCCGCCACAGUUUUUACCUUUAUGACGACAGCUUGUUAUGGUUGCAGUUUGGGUCUGGCUUUGCGAAGAUGGCGACCAUAACACUCCUUGGAAACUGACAGUUGUGUGCUAGUUUCAUUUGUCUGCUUUGUAUGUCUGAUCACUUGGGUACCAUUUGUCCCAAUAUAACAUUCCAAGCAUCAUUUGCUUUGUACAGGGAGAACCUAAGUGAAAGCUGUGGUUCAUUACGUUGGUAGGGCUUUAAUUUUAUUCUGACAUUAGAGAAGUAUUCUUUCAUUUUCAUCUUUCUUUUCUUUUUUAAAUACAUUUCCCCUGCAUAUUCUUAAAAUAUACAGACACUGUUCACAGAACAAUAGUAUUCCUUUUGUUUCUUAAGUCACCAGAACCUUAAUAAUAGUAAAUAACUAAAACAAUAUAUCCCAAGCAAGCUUCUCAUUCAAUUCUAUCUUUAAUAUAAAACAGAGAAUGAUACACAUUUUUUUACAAAGGGUCAGUAGCACAUAUGUAGGGCAUAUGGUUUCUGUGGCAAUUGUUCUAUCCUGUAGUAACAUAAAAGCAGCUAUAGACGGCAUGUAAAUAAAUGAGUAUGUAUAUAUCCUAAUAAAGCUUUAUUUACAAAAAGGGAGCAAGACUGGAUUUGGUCCACAGACCACAAUUCUGUCAACUACUGCUGUAUAUUGAACUAAUCAUGAAAGUUUAUCAACCUCAUUAGACAAGCCACAUAAUAUAUUUUAUUUUGUUAUGCAAUAAUCACAUUGCCUUUUGUUAACAGUCCAAUUCUUACCUUUGGAAGGGCAUAUAGCUUCUCAAGCAAACCCCAACAGAGCCUUGGGUGUAGAAAAAAAUAAGGUAUGAAAUAAACUCCAAACUAAUGAUUUCCUAAGAGCUCAGCCAGAUCUCACAUGAGAGUGCUUAAGACAAGAUCCCCAGAGGCAAUUAAUCACUACUGGAACUGGUAUCUCGCACUGAUGUCUUACUUUGGUUUAUUUAUGCCAUGGAAUGUGGAUGUUUGCCCUGUGCAUGAAUAUAUAAAUAUUUAUGUAUGUAAAGCCUUACCAAAUAGCUCUCUGAAGAGUUGAAUUUUUACUUCUGAUUGUUUUUGCAUUAUUUUCUGAGUUAAAUUUGAGUAGAAUGUUAACUAUAACAUAAAGCUAUAGAUUCUUACAUGCUUUGAUAAUAGCCCAGAUAUCUAUGUUGUAUUUCCAUUGAUGUCAGACAAACAAAGUCAGUUUAACACAAAAGCUAGCUCUGGCUUAAUAGUACAGAACACAAUCCUAAUCCACCUGUUGACAUCAUGGGCUUGGCAACAUACCACAAGUGGCUUAAAUAGAGAAUAAAUUAGAGCUAGGCCACAGUUCCCACCAUAUUCUCGUACAAGCUACUUGCCUGUUGCUUUAGUGGGGCUGCCUCUGGAUAAGGAGGCUUGAGGAUUGCUUUCUAGCUGACACAUCACCUAAGAGUGCCAUGCAGUUGGAGUAUUGGAUUCCAUGGAACAGAGAGAAAAACGUGAAUGAACAACAUAAUCAAUGCUCAAUAGCAUAACCAGUGGCCAAGUGCUGUUUAUCUAAUACCCUCCUAGAAGAAGAAGAUAUUGGGGACUCGCUUUGUGAUACAGCUAAAGAAGAGACAUGUUUCUGUAUGUAGCUUGAAGGAAUCAGUCUCACAACCUUACAAGUCUUACCUCUUCUAUAAUGUCCUGCUUCCUUCGUUUUUUCCAGCUCCAGACCAGACACCAAAAACCUGUAUUAUGAAUUAUAUAUUACAAAGUCAUAAAUGUGCCAUAAAGAUAUAAUAUAUGUUGUACUUGGAAUCACUAAAACGUAGUACACCAGAAUUUAGUUGAGAUUUUUUUCCCCAAGGUGUAACAGGCCAUGCUUUGUGUGGUAUUAACUUAAAUGAAUUCAUUCAGAUGUAUCGGUACCUUUGUAAAUGGAUUGCUUCUAGAUUAGUAAGACCCAAACCCAAAGCUCACUAACUGUGAACACUUAGAUCUAUAGAUGGAUUGCAUUUUAGAUUUGUGAGCUGACUGACAAGCACUUGAACAAAGACAAUGGCGUUGAAGAAUCUCUUUACAUGUCUUAGCUGUAAAAAAACGAGAAAGUGUUGGUUGAUCUUUAAAAUCUGAUAAAUUUAUUUUAUAAGUGUUAUGACUCUAAUAAAGUGUUCAUUUGAUAA